GGGUCAGGCUGAGAGGAGGGAUAGGGAACACUGGACAGAGAGACAGAAGACAUCAGGAACUGAAGACUUUGUCCAAGAAGACAGACAGAAGACAUCAGGAACUGAAGACUUUGUCCAAGAAGACAGACAGAAGACAUCAGGAACUGAAUACUUUAUCCAAGAAGACAGACAGAAGACAUCAGGAACUGAAGACUUUGUCCAAGAAGACAGUCAGAAGACAUCAGGAACUGAAGACUUUGUCCAAGAAGACAGAUAGAAGAUAGAGGGGGAGAAAGACGAAAGUUUCACAACAAAGAGGGAUCUUUGAGGGACAGAGAUGACAGACCCAGUGAGGAUGAUGAGGAUGAUGCUGCUGGCUCUAGUCUUCAUCCUGAGUGUCACUAUGCCCUGUCUCUCUGUCUACAACAGUGGGGAGUGCUACUUCGAUACCAAAGGAAGCUGUGAGUACAUGGGCCAAGUGUAUGGAAUAGGAGAGAGUUGGAUGACUAAGGACUGUUACCAGUGUGUCUGUAUGGAGCCAUUUGGAGUGGGCUGCUGUGAUCAUGGAUCUCAACCCGUGGACUACCCUGAUUGGUGUGAUGUGAUCCGCAAGCCAGACUCCUGCAACACCAUCGCUGUGAUGAAAGACAAUCACAAGCUGCCUUGUCUGUGGGGACGGGGUCGUCUGAGGCCAGGGGCGCGGCAGCCAUGGAAAUCUGACAGCGGCCCUUUAUUUUGAUUGGUCCAUAAUUCUGCCACUCAUAAAUGGGAAGAUGAGAAAUGAUUAAAACACAAAUUGACUGAUAGUGUUUCUCACUGUGUCUUAUGAACAAAUGCAGAUAGAUUGAUAUUUACACAGUCAGUGCUUGACUUGGACUGAAAUGGGUUCUGGUACACAUUAUGGGUGCCGGUACUGUUUAUAUUUGGGUACAGGAGCUCCACAAUACUUUUGAGUUAAUAUUCUAUAAGAGGAACAGGAGCUCAAGCAGUAGAGAAUUUGAGGUGCUGGUACUCAGCUCCAGUGAGCUGCUGCCCAAGUCAAGGUCUGAACACAGCCAAAGAAUAUGAACUACUGUAAUACAAUCCACUCACAGUGACACCGAAAGAUUAUUAGGAGAUUGGGGGAGGGGUUAUAAACUCAGACUCACUGCAUUAUUGAAUUUCCUUCAUAAAUGUAUGUUACAUUGGAUAUGUUUAAUCCACAAGACGU